AUGAUCGGUCCGCCCGUGGGCACACGGAAUCGCCUUUGUCACCAGCACCUCCCGCUGGUCUCGCCUCCAGACAAGGACAUAGUCCAGCAGGUGCCACUGACGCGACCGAGGAUACAUCCAGGUGGCCUUCUUUCGCAUCGGCGGGCGGAGGAAGGCAUUUUGCAGGAUGAGUCUGUGUUCUGCGCAGGUUCGUAGAAGGAGCGGCACCCAGUACUUCUUUCCAGACACCAGGGUAUCUGCUGACGCAGGCGUUGAAGUCACCAAGAACAAUGAAUUUUUCCGCCUACAACACGGUCGCCAGGAGUGUGUGCAGGUCCUCGUAGAAAGUGUCCCUUGCAGCGUCGAGACUGGUCAUCGGCAGACCGUAGCCGCUGAUGAUGCUGGCGAGUUUGCCUAUACAGAGCGGGAGGUGGAGGCUCAACAGGAGAUCGUUGAUGCUAUGCGGCACACAGAUACCUGGAGGGUGUGCAGGUUCUCAUAGAAGUUGUCCCUUGCGGCGUCAAGGCUGUUCAUCAAGGAGCGUAGACGCUGAUAAUGGUGACGAAUUUAACUGCCGAAGAGGCAGACGGAGGCUCAUAAUGUAAUCGUUUAUGUCCCGUGGCAGACAGGACAGUCCUCCUCCCCAAGAUAUCAUUCCGAGUGAACGGACUCGCUCUAGCAGCCUAUAGGGUAGGGUGGCGGGGAAGAGGACGAGGAGGAGUAGGAGGAGGAUGAGGAAUAAGAAAGAGAGUAUUUUGUCUUAUGUUGUGGUUUCGAUAGCCAGUUAAGCAGUUUGCGAUCCACGGCCUCCGUACAGAUGUCAUAAACCUAGCAUUUGUUCAUCGCACUGUUUACGGCCCCUCCACCUCGCGGGAGAAGGUAGGGCCGCUUUAUCGCAUCAGAGGCUUUAAUGAGAGAAGGGCCAUUGGCUUGGUCCACCUACAUGAUUAUACUUUGUCCUUGCCGUAGAAUUUUCGGUCGUGGGGUAUAGAGAGUGUAAGGGGCGGGAGUGGAGGUGAGGAGGAGAAUAGGUGCGAAGGAGUGGAAACGGAUCCGUCUUCUAGCCGUUGGGCGCGUAGCUUACUGAAUGUUGAAAUGCGAGGGUGAGCGGCCAUAGACAACCAAGCCUAACCUUGUGUCCUUCUGCGCGGUUGCGUACGGAACCUCAUCUGGGCGAUGGCGGCGUCAGCGGUGGCGGGAGGGAGAAGCAGAAUUACCGUGUGUGGAGAUGCACACACGGAUACCCUUAACUGGUUUAACCCGACGGUCGAGGCGGUUACCGGGGUGUGGCCACUAGACAGAGCCCAUCUUCUGAGAGCCACAUGUGAGAGUCGGGUGCCAGUUAAUGGACGUUAAGCGUAGUCAGAAUCUGAGAGCUAGUGAGCGAUCUACUACGACAGCCAUGGGGACCCAUAAGUGGACAAACAUAAAGCAGGUGGCCAAUCCAUGAAAUGUCAACCGAAAUUCCAAAGUGCGUUUUCGUUUCGGAAAGAUUAAUCAAACGGGAUUGUAACACUAAUCAUCCUACAGCAUAAUUCUAUAAUAACUCACGAUCCCCGCUUUUAAACGAACUUCUUUCCGACUGCAUGCAAAAACUAUACUCUGUUGAAAAAUGACUAGUUAAGAAGCGCGCACUUUUCUCAUUCAUUGUUGAUGCCCUUAAACGUUAAAUUAUAUUUCUUGGAAAACAUGCAUAAGAAUAAUCAUUAUUGUGCACAUUCGGUAGAAAAUGACGUCUUCUUCCAAUUUUAUAUUUGAAGGAACAGUAUAAUUUGGUUUUAUAGAACUUUUCCAAUUCCGGAAUAAUUUUGAACCCCACCUACCGUUACACUUGCAUUCAGGGUUCCCAAACUACAAGCCUUAUAUUUAUUCCGCGUACGGAAAACCAUCGAUUUCUCUACACUAUUAAGAGAACACUAUAUGGGGUUCAUACAAUUAAGCAGUAGUUUUGAGUCACAUUGUUAACUUUACAAGCCACGUUGGUAAAUCCAGAGACAUGACGUUUUAUGGAGGACCAUUUCACGGCAUUGAAAAAUCACACGAUUAAAAACUAUUUUUAAAAAACGGAUUUAUAGCCUUCCUUAUAGUGCGAAAUUGGAAGAAGGCUUAAUUUUCUACCGAAUGAGCAGGUAAAUGAAUAUUUUUAUGUAUGCUUUCCCUGAGAUAUAAUUGAAUCAGUAAGGGCAUCAAAAAUAACUGAAAAAUGCAUGCUACAUGGGUAGUCAUUUUUUACGGAGUAUGGUUUUAGAUGCAGCCGGAAUGAAGUUUGUUCGAAAGCCGGCGUCCUGGGGUAACUGAAUUAUUAUAGAAUUAUGCUGUACAAUGAUUGGUUUUAUGAUCGUACUUAAUUAAUCUUUUCGAAACGGAAAGGAAUUUCGGAAUGUCUGUUGACAUUUCAUGAGUUAACCCACCUACUAUAGAGCCCCGCUGUCUCAACUCCAUCAGCGACACUCUCACGCAAGUCAGGAUUGCUUUAUGCGUAGUGCCUCUCAGUCGAUGGCUGAUUGGUUACCCGGUAUUUGAGGGGUGAUGGCGCAGGCAGAUGGAGGGCUGCGCGUCUAAGCCUAAAGGUUUGUAGCAGUCUGCUCUGCCAGGAUGAGCAAACCAUGACCCUCAAGGCCUGAUGUGCGAUGGCGGUUCUGCGGCACGUGCUUCCCUGGCGGUAGAUGCACUCGUGCCGCAGCUGGGUAUACAAGUCGUGAGUAUGGCCGGCCAGUUGUGGUGCUGUUGUUGUUGGUUAAUACCCUGGUCACUUAUUCGUUGCGAACCAGGGGGUAUGCUGGAACACCUAGGUGCGAGCGCGGCCGAGUCAGCCACCUGCUCCCCUCCCUCACCGUCGGUUUUCUUGACUAUGUCUUGGCACCGGGUUCAGGCGGAGCAGGAGGAGAGAGUGCGAUGGAUGCAGUGCAAGUCUACUGUCAUUGUAAAGGAAAUCAGGCACGGGUCACCCUUGAGCACAUGAUAGACAUCGUCGGUCGGGGUGCAGGUGUGUCCAGCUGUGGGGUCAUGUGAUGGUCGCAGUAGGUCACUCGCUGUCUCGCAGGUGCUGACUACGCUUAGUGUCCAGUGACAGGCAUCCAACUCUCACGUGUGGCUCCCCAAAGCUAGCAGCCACAUCCUUGCACCCGCUUUUGCCGUCGGGCUAAACCAGGUGAAGUUAUCCGUGUGUUUAUCUCCACACACGGUAAUUCUUCCUCCCCACCAGCCAGGUCACGGGCGUGUGUUUCUGUGAUGCGACAGAUUCUCUGUGUUGUCUCUACGAGUAAGGAGUGGCACACCGAGGCACAUGUUCGGCCGCGGCAGCUACCUGCCUCCUUCCUCACCUCCUCGCAAUCGGUGGAAGAUGUGUGAUGACGGCUCUCCACCCGAAGCGAAAACGUGGGUAGGUGGGAGUUGGAGAGUAUACACGAAAAGCUUAAUGGUCCAAAUCACUUAAUUCGGCCACUGAAAAUAGACACGGUAUGCGUCUGGACAUUUAAAUAAUACCGAUUUUGAAGGAAGACGUCUUAUGCAUGAUUUAGCCUGUGGUGAAAGCGGACUUGCAUAGUAUCUAUCUCACUCGCUACUCCUCUCCGGAAAAUUCUUAAAUGUCAAAAGAUUAUCGAGUUUACUAUCAGACUACUACUCUGGGUGAUCUAUCUUUUCUUAUCGACUGCCCUAAGUACGCUGUCAUAAACCUGGUGAGAGCUGAAGUGCUGAAGUUCGUUACACAAGCAGCCAAUCCGACGGCCAUCGGGGAUUCCUUCAUAUUACUUGCACACUUUAAAACGCAUUUUACUUUGAAUGGAGAAAACCCCCUACGGAGUAUUGAAUGCAGCCCUCAUCCUGAUGCCCAUUUCGGACGUUUGGUGGAGCUAGCGAGCUGGCUUGAUUUCUCAUGUACAUCUCAGCAGCUAAAUUUUGAUUCAAUGACAGAUCAUCGAAGGCAACUUGAGUCGGCAGCCAGUGGGAAUGCUUGCCGGGAACUUCUGUUUGCACUUCGACUUGUUACAUAAACAGAACUUGUUCCAAUUCUGAUUGGCUAGUUUGUUACCGGCGGUAGGCAUCCUUCAGCAUGUUUUGUAUCACACAGAACUCAAAAAGCCCCUGUAUAAAUCAUCGCGUUGAACAUGUGCGUUCCAAUUGUUGAGCUAAGAAGAGGCUAUACCAUGAUGACUGGAUGCGUGCGCUCUCAUCGUACGUGGAUCCUCAUUUUAGCAUUAUUAGGAAUAACGAGGAUACUCUGCGAUGUUUUCUUCACAAGCGAAUGGGUAGCAAACGCUGUUGAAACAGUGAAAAUUCGAGUUUCAUUAGUAAUAUACAAUCUUCGCUGCAGUAGUAUCAGUGAAAUGACACAGGACGGCACCUACGACUUGAGUUUUCGUUAUUGUGUAGAUUCGCACCUCCCACUAACCAGAUACGACACACUCACGCUCAUCAGCAAGACUGGUGGAGGUCGGAAUAUUACCUUUGCAGAUAUGGCCCAAGUAAACGAUACUGACUGGAAAAGGCCAUUUAAUCCGGACGUCUUCCUGCUAUAUCCGCAGGGUUUUGCUCUGCGUGAAAUCCUUCGGAAUUACCGGGAGACUGGCUUGGGUCCAGAGGUAAGCGCAGGUUCACUGUCAAACUAAUGUCUGUUUUAUUGCCUCUAAAGUACCUAGUGCUAAUUGGGUCUGCAUCACAUUUCGUUACCUGGCACGCUGUUUUGAUCUUAAGUUCAAGCGCAAUGUGGGCAUUGGAAGUAAGAUAAGCCGAAGAGGGAUACUGAAACCUUUAGAGGGAAAAGUAGCCGAGGCAGAAACGGAGUUGGCAACCUGAUGUAUGAUAAGUUUGUCGCGAGAUUGAAGUAAACCCAAAAUUUCCGCAGAAGUCAGGAAACAUGGGGCAACAAUACUCAUGGCCUCAAAAGCAAACCUAAUCCUCAAUUUAAUUAUAAACCUAACGCUUAGCCUAAUCCGAAACCUAUCACAAACCCUAGACCUUAUCCUAUGCCUAAAAUUAAUCCUGGACCAAAUCCUAAACUUUACCUUUCCCCUAAACUUUAACAUAACCUUAGACUUAAACUAACACUAACACCAACCUUAGCGCCAACCUAGACGGCAAUCCAAACCCCAACUCUAGCUGAAACUCUUAAACGCAGCACAAAACUUAACCUUAAAUUCAAUUCUCAGUCUGACACAAACCCAAACCCUAAAAUUAACCAUAACUUUAAACCGAAACAUCAGAUUGCUUUAUUCCGCUUUAGCUUUGGCUACUUUUCCACCCACGAUUUCAGCAUCCCUCUUCGCCUUACUUUACUUUCAAUGAACACAUUGUGCUUACACUUGGAACCAGAACAGCGUAACCCAUCAUUGUCUGUUCCCUGACACGCAGAGUAGUCAACAUGGAUGCCCUUCACUCUUUGGUUUGGGUCUGUGACCUUGUUUGAUCUCUAGCACAAUCAGACGCUCUGCCCUCGUAUUGAUCCCCCAACUUCUCUAUAGACACCAGCCUUCAUCGCAUUUGUCUGGUAGGGAUAGCCUCUUUCUCUCGCUUAGCCUUCGAUGCAGAGCGCAUAUCGAUCGUCUGCACGUGAGCACUUCUCACGCUUCCUUCCACUUUGGUCCAAUCAGCGAGAUGCGCUAUGCACAGCACUCUGUCGCACAAAUAACCCUGACGUCACAGCCAGUCGGAGAAGAUUGUAUUUUGCUUGUCAAGGUCUAACUCCUCCCAUCUUAUGCGCUAUCGCAGUGCAGACAGUUAUUGAUGAAUUUCGUUGAUUUGUAUGCCCGAUCAAAUCCCAUUUGCUGUUGACAGCGCAAAACAGUAGAAGUAUUCACUUCCCCAAAUUCAGUGCGCACACCUUAGUCAGCAGUUGACAAGCGCUUAGAGAAAAUCUUAUGGCAAAUGCUGGGUCAGAAGAUGUUCAGCCGCUAAUUACUGAAUUCAGAAUUCAGGUAACUACUUAAGUAUUAGGAUCCAUGCAAAAUAUGUGCAUACGUUUCAGGAAAGUUGGUUGAUUUAGACUCUGAACUUUGGAAAUGCAAUUAACAUGACGAAACCCUUUGAUAACUGAUAGAAUUCUGUGCACUUAAGGAUUUUUCUUGUGAUUUCGACGACACCGGGACCAGACAUCUUACAAAGAACACUUCCAGUCUCCUCAAUGUGCUUCAUUUUGUUUAAACUAACGCGAUGACACAGAACUUAUUCGAAGUAAACUUUGUGUUGUCUCCGCGGCAAACUUGUUAUUAAUGCAACCAAAACCCUCGUGUACGUUUGCAGCCUCCAGUCAACAGCCCCAGCAUGCGGUUUCUCAAAGUGAGCACUUCGGUUUGUCCACCAGAGCUAGAUGACGUCGCUGACCGCAAACACAACAUCGACCUCGUCGUCAUUGUGAAAUCAGCUGUCUACAACUUUGAUGACAGACAAGCCUUUCGCAGAUUCUACGCCCACCUGAGAAAGGAGAACAGCGUUAAUCCACCCUAUCGCAUAGGAGUAGUGUUCGUGGUGGGCCUGCCAACAAGCGCAAUCAGCAAUUCAUUCCGACGCGAUGGUUUCAACAUCUCAUUGCCCGGUCGCGCCGGCAACUCCCCCGUCAACAUUGCAAACCGCCGCACCCAGAUUCAAAUGCGACUGGAACAGGAGAUGCGUGAACACGAUGAUCUCAUCGUGGGCGACUUCGAGGACACCUACUAA